AUCCGUUUUUCUUGUUGCUGGGCAGGUAAACAAAUGUCACACCGGUUCACGCAUAUUUUCUUACCAUGUCGUAAAGCAGACACAUGUUUAUGAGCGAUGCAAUGGAUUGAAUGACAGAACACCUGUUCGACAAUUUUAUAGGUCAGUAUUAUGUUGGAUGAUUGAAGAGAAGAGGAGAAGAUGUCAGACUAUGAUUACAGUGAUUCCUUUAUCAGUGAUGAGGAUGAUGCUCCCAGAGCAGCCAAAAGUACAGGUGGCAGAAACUUCAGAAAGUUCAAACCAGAUUCCAAGACUCAAACAUUUACUGACGUGUACUCUCCUAAAAAGAAAGUUGGUGGACAUAGGGGAGGUCGUGGGCGUGGUGGCAGAAAUACAGCGGGCCGAACAUCAGUGGCCAAUUCCGAGCCCAAAAUGGAUGGUGUAGUACAAAGAAUGCUGUCUGCAAAAAACUUAAAAUUGAAUGAACUCAGGAACCAGAUUGAGGACAUGCAGACAGCAUUCAGGGACCUCAAAGAGGAGAAUAAGCUCCUCAAAAAGAUGCAGCAUCGACAAGAGAAGGCCCUCGUUAAAUAUGAAGAAACCGAGGGUGAGCUUCCUCAAAUUAUUGCCAGGCACCAAAACGAGGUGCGAACACUAAAGGAGAACUUACGUAAAACGCGUGAGAAAUAUGAAAGGACAGAUCGUUACCUCAGGGAUGCAGAGGAUGAACUUGACAAGGUGAAGGGCAAGUUGAAGCGGUACAAGUCUCUGGCAGACCAGAAUAAUCUCAAGGAGAGGGACGAACUUCAGAAAGAAAAUCAGAGGCUGCAGAUAGAACUAGAGGAGAAGGAAAUUAGGAUAAAGGAUCUGGAGAAACACAUUGUAAAUCUCAACAAAAACCACAGGCAUGAAUUGGGGAUUGAAAUGGCAAGAAACCGAGACUUAACGAAGCAAAUGGAUACCCUCAGAGAUCAGAAUAAUCAGCUAGAAAAACUACUCAAGGAGAAAGACAAAGAACUUCAGAUCAAGAACAUUUACGCUAACCGUUCUCGAGCUCCUCAUCGGCUUCCAGCUUCUUAUGGGGGAACCCCCCAUGACACUCCACCACCUAAAGCAAGAAAAAGGGCACCCUCGCUGCAAGAUCUGACCCCCAGAGAAAAAGUCAAACUGUACGAGGAAAAGAGGAAAGAGGAGGAGAGAAAACAGAAAGAGUCAAAGAAAGGGCGAGGUGAUGGUCCUAGGAUGGCAUUUAGCGAUAAUAUAGACAAACACAGCCGUGAUACACAAAGUGAUAAUAUAGACAAACACAGCCGUGAUACACAAAGAUCUCAUGACCAUGACACAUAUAAUAGUUAUGGUAGUCCAGAAAAGAAAGAAAUAGAAGAAUUUGAGGCAGUUAUUGCAGAUGAGCAACAAGAGAAAAGUCGGAGGGAAAAAGAGGAGAAAGAACGAGAGGAAAUGGAAAGGAGAUUAAAUCAGGAGCGAGAAGAAAAAGAACGUAGAGAGUGGGAGAGACGAGAUCGAGAACGGAGAGAGCGAGAAGAGAGAGAACGACAAGAGGAGGAGAGGCGAAAAAACGAGGAGGCUGACUGGAAACUAACACUGGAAAAAGAGAGGCUCAAACACGAGCAGGAACAGAGGGAUAGCGAAGUGAGGCGACGGGAGGAACAGCAACGCCGGGAGAGGCAGGAACAAGAACGCAGGGAACGCGAGAGACAGGAACAAGAGCGCAGGGCCAGGGAGGAGCAAGAACGAAUAGAAAUGGAUGAUAAACUCCAAGCAGAACGGAAGAAAAAGGAUGAACUUUUAGCGAAGCUAAAGGAGAUUGAUGAAGGGAAGAAUAAGAGCAAGGUACCUGAGAAGAAGGAAGUAGAUACAUUCUUUGUUACUUCAGGAAAUGUGGAUGUUGUGGAUAAGAAAACAGACAAAAAUAAGAAAAAGGAGAAGGAAACCGACAGUUUCUUGUUUUCUGCCAGUCGGAAGGACAGUGAUGGGGGGCUAGGUUCAGCUUCCAGCAAAAGUAGCUACACAUUUUCUAAACCAAUUGAAAAUAUGCAUUCAGGGAAGCCUGCAAGAGAUGAUGUGACUGUUCCAUAUAUUGAAAAGAAGAAACAGCAGAAGGCACAGGAAGAUGUAGAUGAAUUUGGUGGAUACAUGCCGUCAUUCUCCAGCAACAAAACAACAUCGAAAACGACUAAGAAAAGUGGAGGUAUUGUGUUCAAUGAUGACUUUUUGUCAUCAAAACCUCCCCCGAAAAAGACAAAUAAAAAGAGUGAUUUAAUGUCAGAUCUAUUUGGCAAGCAAACAAACACUACUAGUCAAAAUUUAGAUGAUAACGAUAUCUUUAAGCCAUCCACUACAAAGAAAACAACCACUGUGAAUUCAUCCAAUAAGAGUUCUUUCCCCUGGGAUGAUGAUGAUUCAAAAACUACAGCAAAGAAACCUGCCACAAAGCGUGAGAAUUCCACCAGCGCAUUAUUUGGAGGUGGAAGUGCUCUCAUUGAUGAUGACUUUUCAACAAAAGACUCCUCUAAAAUGUUGCCAAGGCGACCGCGGCAGACCACCACCACAUUCCAGGCCCGGCCUGCGGUGACUGCAGUAGAUCAUUAUGAUGACGAUAUUGAGGAGAUCUUUUUCUGUCAUUUUCCCGCAAAAAUUGAAAUGGAAACAGGUUCAUCAGUUUCAAAGGGAACUUUUGCAUUUAAAGGCAAGAAAAAAACCAUGGAUGCAGACCAGUAUUUCGGGAGAUUUGAUAAUGUGGGAACUCACAAGCAGCGAUUAGAUGUUCUUCAGGAGACCUGGGAAUUAAUGGACACCCAAAUUCAGAUUUUGAGGUCCGAUUUGAAUUCUAAGAUAUUUGAUGAUUUGAUGAAGUUUGCCAAAUCGUCACACGAGUCUUUUAUAUUGGGAGGGGCUAAAGUGGACAGCACAUCAAAAGAGAUACCAACUGCAGCCUUUGUAACUGGGGUAAACACACCAGACCAUGGGGUGAUGUUCUCAAACUUAGUAGCAUCAUUACAAGAAAAAGUCAGCCCCCUUGUGGCCAUUCUCAAAUCUAAGGACUGUAAUUCUGUUAAAAAUGCACUGAGUAAAACCCUGACUCAACUGUUCCAAAAUACAUCGUUGUUUUCAGAAGAAGAGGAUGAUGUACCCCAUAAAACCAGAAAUAUGACAUGUUCCAUGGCGACCCUUGUAUCCUGGUAUCAAGACAAAUACUCCAGUAGUAACUCUAGUCCAAAAAAGAGAAAGUCUGUCAGUGGUGGAUCCAGAGAUUUGGGGCAGUUUCCACCCAUUGUUAUUCUGUUUGAGGACUUGGAGUGUUUUCUUCCUCACAUUCUGCAGGACUUUAUUUCUAUAUGUAGGAACUACAUAUGGGACCUUCCACUUGUAUUUGUGUUUGGCAUUGCUACAUCAGUGUCAGCUGUUCAUCGACUCUUACCCAAUGCUGUGUCAUCAAUGUUGUGUAUGGAAAAGUUCCAGGCACCCCCCUCUACAGAGUACCUUAAUAUGGUCAUCAACCAGAUAUUGAUGACCUCGGUGUACCCAUUCAAGCUUGGAUCUAAAGUCUUCCAGCUGUUGUUGGACAUCUUUUUGUACCAUGACUUCUCUGUACUCAAUUUUAUCAAGGGACUCCAGUUUGCAAUGCAGGAUCACUUCUUCACAGUUCCUGUCAGCCAUCUUUGUUGUCCCCUGGAAGAACUGGGGGAUCGAGUGAUGAGUCUAAAGCCAAAACAAGUGGAACAAGUCAGGCGACUCAUGUCCUUCAGGGGAUUUGUUGAGGGAUGUCCUCCAUCUAAACAAGAAGACAUGCUGUUAAAUGAUAAAGUCACAAAGACAGAAUUUGCGGCUUUGCUGAAGAGAAUUCAUACUUACCACUCCCUACUGUAUCCAGUCCUGAAAUGUCUCCACAUCAUGGUUUCCAAAAUUCCAAAACACCCAUUGGGGAAACAGAUUCGUGAGGUGUACUCCAGGGUGUUGAAAUCUUUUAUCUGUGAUUCAGAAGAUUACAAAGAGUGCUUAGAACUACUCCGGCUGACAUCUAAGGAUGAGUUGGUGGAUCUUAUACAGCAGUGUCGUUCCUCCCUGGAGGGGGACCUGCCCUCUGACCUGACUCAGCUCCCUACAGAUCUGGAAGUUCUGCUGGAAAAGUUUGUGAAGAUUGAUGAAGUAACAGAGGAGGAGGCACCAGAGGGCAGCACUGAGGAAGCUCUUCAUCUCGAGAAAACAGACCUUCACACUCUACGAAAGAGAUUACAAGAGGAAGGAAAGAAGAAGAAGAGAUUAUCUCCUUAUGAAAAGUUGAGAAAUGAAGCUAUAGAUUUCUUUGAUGAGUUAUUCAGGAGGUACUUGCUUUGCCCCUCCUCCCUGCCCCUCUAUGAGAUAUUUUACUAUGAUGCCUGGGGGGAGAUUAAGCGACACUGUAAUGCCUCUCCAAGAUCUGUUGUCCAGAUGGCACUCAGUUCACCUCAUCACUAUUUGCAGUGUGAAUGCUGCAAUUCUGAGUCAGGUUCCAUAACUCCAUCCAUGCCAGACAUCUGUAUUGCAUAUAAACUUCACCUAGAGUGUACGCAGCUUAUAAAUUUGUAUGAUUGGCUACAGGCUUUUGCUACUGUGGUGACGUCUGAUGAAGAAUUAAAUGAAGACAAGAUCAAGAACCCAGACAAGGAAUUACAAGCCAGAUUUAUCAGGGCUGUGUCUGAACUUCAGUUUCUAGGAUUUGUGAAACCCACCAAGAGGAAAACCGAUCACGUGGCUCGCCUCACAUGGGGUGGUUGCUGAGUAAAUAGAGGGGUGGAUCCAAGGUUGAUAAACAGUAUAGAACAUUUACCAAAGCAAUGGAUGGAUUCAACUGAAGGAUGAUAAACAUAAUAGAAUAUUUACCAAAACAAGGAGUGGAUGCAAGGAUGAUAAAUCAGUGUAGAACAUUUACUAAAUCAAGUGGUGGAUCCAAGGAUGAUAAAUCAAUGCUGAACAUUUACCAAAUCAAGGGGUGGACACACCUGAUAAUUUGGUGGUACCUAUUACUCAUUCCACAGUUAAAGAUGUGAAUGUAAUAAACUCUGGAUCAUGACAAUUAUUAAGCUUUGUUCAUCAAGCAAUAAUUAAAAUGUCACAGCUUGUAUAUAAAAUUUGUUAUUUCUUUGAAAA